AUGAUGGUGGUUUCCGAGGAGGCAGAGGUGGUGAUCGUGGUGGAUUCCGUGGAGGACGAGGUGGUGAUCGUGGCGGAUUCCGCGGAGGACGAGGGUGGCGACCGUGGUGGAUUCCGAGGAGGACGAGGUGGCGACCGUGGUGGAUUUCGAGGAGGAAGGGGAGGUGACCGUGGUGGACGAGGCAGAGGAUUUGGUGGCGGUCGCGGAAGAGGUGGUGGUGGCCGUGGAGGCAAAAAGACAAUUGUUGAACCCCAUAGGCAUGAAGGUAUUUUCAUUUCACGUGGCAGUCAAGAUACCUUACUGACUCUGAAUCUUGUGCCAGGAGAUUCUGUUUACAAUGAAAAGAGAAUAACCGUAGAGGAAAACGGAGAGAAAAAGGAGUACAGAACGUGGAACCCAUUCAGGUCAAAGUUAGCAGCCGCUGUAAUGGGUGGGAUUGGUGAAAUCCACAUGAAGAGAGGCUCGAGAGUGCUCUAUCUGGGAGCUGCUUCCGGUACCACAGUCUCGCAUGUAUCUGACCUAGUUGGACCUGAAGGGCUGGUUUAUGCAGUGGAGUUUUCUCACCGCUCUGGAAGGGAUCUGCUAUGCGUUGCCCAGAAGAGAACCAACAUUGUUCCCAUUAUUGAGGAUGCCCGACUUCCACUACGGUAUCGUAUGAUAGUCGGCAUGGUUGAUGUCAUAUUUUCAGACGUGGCGCAGCCUGAUCAAGCGAGGAUUCUUGCGCUCAAUGCACAACAAUACCUAAAAGACGAAGGACAUUACAUCAUAUCCAUCAAAGCUAAUUGCAUCGAUUCCACAGCAAGUCCCGAGGCCGUUGUUGCCAGUGAAGUUGAAAAGCUGCGUUCUGAUAAACUGAAACCUCUAGAAUCAUUGACUUUGGAGCCCUAUGAAAGGGACCACACUGUUAUCGUUGGAGUGUAUCGACCUCGACCAAAAGAUGAAAGUAUGAACGAGUGAUGUAAGGAUUCUAAAUAAAUGUUACUCUAAUUAUUUUUA